AUGGGUGCAGGUCAUCGGAAUCUUGCCAUUAUAUCAGACCAUAUGAAACAUACAACUGAAUUUGUUUAUCAUGCUCAAAUUUUGAUUAUUAAUUUCAUUAGAAAAUGGUAUCCGAGUGUGAAACAGUUAAACUACCUCAGCGAUGGAGCUGCAGCACACUUUAAAAACGCCAAGAAUAUGUUAAACCGUACUUAUCAUGAACGAGAUUUCGAUUUGCCAGCAACUUGGACAUUUUCCAGUACCUCUCACGGCAAAGGUCCUGUGGAUGGUAUUGGAGCUGCUGUGAAAUCUACAGCAACACGUCACCUGCUCAAAAGUACACCUGAACAGUCAUUUCUUUCAGCAGAGGAAUUUUUCAAGUUUACUCAACAAGUCAAUGAUCACCAAGUGAUAAAAGNGAGUAAAAGGGUUCUGAAGGGACAUCAUUUCAGUGAAGAUGAACAGAAGAGUUUUGAAAGCAGUCGAAUAUUCAAAUAA